AUGCCUGUAGACCAGAGCACACCUCGAAGGCGGACCGACUCCGAGCGACUAUCGCGGGGUAAGCUUGCGUGUUUGCGCUGCCAGCGGCGAAAAAUUCGUUGCGACGGCGACUUGCCGACUUGCAAAAACUGCAGGAUUGCCGGUGCUGCAUGCAAAGAUGGUCUCAGUACGCGUCUGAAAGACCUGCCUCGGGCCGAAAUCUCCAGUCUCAAGUCCCGUAUAGCAUGGCUGGAGUCGAUUGUGCGACAGCGAUGUCCUGACGUGAAUCUGGAAACUGGACAGCCGCAGCAGAGCAUUGAUCCGGCUAUGCUGGACAUGUCCACGCUGGAGCCCAACAACGGCAUCAAUACAAAUGUUGCCGACGCUCCCCAGACAAUUACAGAACCUGAUAUAAUUAGCCAGCUGCCUCGGCCAGCCUUGGAACAAGUAUUAACUGGGAAUAGCGCGUCUGCUCAUGAAAUUGGCAUGCUGUCGCUUGGUGCCAGCCAAGACUCGCGGUACAUUGGUCCAUCAAGUGGUUACUUUCUGGCACGAGUUAUGCUGAGCAAAGGUCGUGAUCCUAUCAGCGGCACCGACAUGCAAAACAUUUAUACCGAUAUACCAGGAGAGCUCAUUGAGUCCUGCACUGGCCCGCUUCCCCUCCCACCGAAGCCACUGGCCCAACGGAUGUGCGACGCCUUUUUCGAGUUCAUCCAUCCACAGUACCCGAUUUUGCAUUACCAGACAACCCUGGACGCGGUGAAGCAUAUAUACCAGAAUGAUAAUGUGGAUCCUGUCAUCACGUUUCAAGUGUUUAUGGUCCUUGCAAUCGGUGCCAUAGCAUUAUCCAUGCGCUCAAAGUGCUUGGCAGCAGUGUUGGAUUUGGGGCUACAGAGAAACAUUACUGUCGAGUCUGGAAUCUCGCUGCUGGAGCAAGAAAUGAGAACUAGAAUCUUCUGGAACUGUAUUCUUUUAGACAGAACAGUAUGCACGAUCAUGGGCCGGCCAAUUGGCCUUCGCGACGAAGCUUGCGAGCUACGAUUGCCGCAAGAAAUCGAAGACGCCAUGCUCGCUACCCCGCUUCAGACUUCUUCCUCGAGUACGAGAACUCUGGGAAUAGCGUACUCGAUUCAUUUAUUUCGCGCUACAAAAAUCAACUCUGAAAUUAAAUAUGUCGCCAACAGCAUCGUCCAAGAGGCUCCUCGAUAUGCGUAUCCACCGCAAACAAACAUACACGGUUGGCAAAACAAUGUGCUGCGGCAACUAGACGGCUGGCUGGCAAAUAUACCAUCAGAUGGCCAACAUCCAAACGAGUUCAUGCAGCUCGUAUGCCGGCUCCGCUACCACGUGCUGUGUCUGCUUCUCCUUCGACCAAGCCCUGCCAUUCCGAAGCCGACCGCCGACGCCCUGGUGCGAUGCCAGAAGAGCGCCACCGAGAGCAUCAAGAUCCUGGACCAAAUGUACCGGCAGAAUCUGCUCAUUCACAACUGGAUCAGCCUGCAUGGACUGGUUCUCAGUGUGCUAACGCUCCUGUACUGCGUCAAAGCAGAGCCCGAGGUGGCGCGGGCGACGCAGCCGGAUACGCUCAUGGGGACAAUCAGCUCCGCGCUGGGCAUUUUGAGCGCCACGGGCGAGCACUGGGCCGCGGCCAAAAAAUGCCGUGAUAUUCUAGAGGACCUGGCAAAGUCUACUGUCCAGUGGCUGCAAACUCAGUCGGCGCCUUCAAGCCAUCAGCAGCCAGUCCAGCUCCGCUCCAGGCCGAGUCGCACUCGGGCACAAAUCACAGACCAAGAAGUACGUGAUGGUAGUGAAGGGGUAGAGGUGCCAUUAUUUGACGCUAUGGAAAUGGAUAGCAUGUUGCAGCCGUUUGACGGCUUGUUUUCUGACGGCGAGUCUGUUAACAUCGAUGUCAUGAUGCAAAGCCUUUUUCAGGAUUUCAUACCCACAUCAGGUGCGGGCUAA